AUGGUCGAGUUGCCCUCCAUGACCAAGACCGACACCGUCACCGGCAGGACGUCCGAGAUCCGCAUCGCGUGCCCGCUGGACGCGGCCGGCAUCGCGGCCGCGAUCGCGAAAGCAGAGCAUGCCCAGAAGAAAUUGGUGCUUCACGAUCUGGUGGAGUCUCUGCGCGCUCCUGAGCAUAUCGAGGACCUCGUGAAAGGAGAUGGAGGAAACGGUUUGGAGCUGGUGGGUCAGCGUCCUAAUCCGUACCUGGACCGCGAGAGCGACCAGUACCAGCGCUUUCUGGACACGCUGGCGCAGCACAUGCACGAUCUCAAAGAGAUGCUGGUCAACGAGAGUGGGCAGAAAAGGAGGCGGGCGGAACCGCCCAUCGAGCACGUCUUCCACGGGACCCGCCCCGAGAACCUCGACAGCAUCGUGCGGGACGGAAUGGACCCCCGCCUCCGCAGAGCAAAGCGCGACUACUUUGCCACAAAACCGGCCUACUCUCUGGACUUCACCAAUCCUUACCUCGGCUCCUAUUUCGCCCGCCACUUCCCCGGUCCCGACGGCCCCCAGAAGCUCCUCGUGUUUCUGGUGCUCACGCUCCCCGUGGGGUUCCUUCGCAAGGAGGGCAACGACGCCGUCGUGGUCAUGGACAAGGUCGAGUACGAGCUGCCCAUCUUCGAAGUGACGGUGCGCUACAAGUGA